CUUCGCGCAGACUCUGAGUUCAACAUCAGCCUCCCCGCUGCCGGUGAAGCGAGAUUACAAGCGCUGCGAAAGGCGGAGUCGAAACGACAGCAAGAUAAAUGUAUGGAUGAACUGAAAACUGUUCUGGAAAGAGUGCGACUAGCUAUGGACGAGUUUAACACAGCACAGGCCGAGUUAGAAGUUCCGGAAAGCCCUGAUCUAGAAUACGAAGCAGAAGAAGAAGAGAAAAGGCAGCGAAAGAAGAAACUGAAGAGAAAAAGGAGGAGAGAGCAGAGAAAAAUCAGACAUAAAAAAGCUAGUUCAAAAGAAACCCUUAAAGGGCGGGAGAAAAAUGCUGAAGAGAAGUCGGCCGAAUCAGAAAAAGAAUCAGGGAGCUCUAGUGACGAGGGAGAUGAAGACAGCGGUGAAGAGAAGGAGAAAAAUGCUGAAGAGAAGUCGGCCGAAUCAGACAAAGAAUCAGGAAGCUCGAGUGACGUGGGAGACGAAGACAGCGGUGAAGAUGAAGACAAGGAUGAAGACCAAGGUGCCGAGGAGGAAGAUAGACAGGAGGAGAACUGGAGCAUGACGGGACAGAUCAAGCGUAAAGUAUCUCAAAGGAUGUUAGUAAAGGUGAGCAUUGUUACUCUUUAUCAUAGCAAUCAGUCAGUUAAAAUACAUUCUAAGGAAGACUCGUCUCUUCACGGUCUAAUUUGUGGACCAGGCUCAACACAGGGACCCAAAGUAAAGAGGGCGAAUCAAAUGUAUGUCCUCUGCAGGUACUUUCAACGGUCGCGGUCUUACCAUGCUGUCUUUGUAACUCUCUCUUAUAUGAAUAACUGUGUGGGUCAGGGCAUUAUGGAAAAGUUGAUUUGACUAUUUAUUCUGAUGAGCGUGUGUGGAAAAGAAGAAAAAAACAGUGGUCUGUUGGAAAAGUCACUUUUAAGUUUAGUGGCUCAUAUUAUAUCAUAUCUGCUUAUUUUAUUUUCAGCUGUAGUAUUUUAAUACACAAGCUACAUGAUUCUUUGGUGGAUAUUUCGGAUGAGUCCAUUUACCGAAGUUAGCAAAUUUUUGCUGAUUCUAUUUUGCGGCUUUUUCCUGAGGGAAUCUUUGCGGAUCGAGGGAAAUCCACAAAAUUCGCAAAAAUCAAAGGCUCCAAAAUAUUUAUGCAACUCGACAAUAGUUUCACUUACACUUACCAAUUAAGUUGGCCCUUUCUAUCCCCUAUACCGACAUCCUAAAUAUUAUUAACAAAUCAACAGCAAUCAAAGCGCCGCAGAGUUCAAAAGCUUAUUACGUCUUAUAUGGACCUUUGUAUCGAAAGAGAAGAUAUUAUACGGCAAAUGCAGUCGUGGAUCGAAUCAACAGUUGACGAGGAGCUUCUCAAACCAGCUCGGAUCUUCUUGUUCAGCCCUGAUCUUCUAUUGGAUGAUCUGCCUCUUGGUCUGACUUCAGAUAUGCAAGCACACGGUAACACGUUAGUGCGACUGAAGGGUAUAGCUGACUCAUUGGGGAUUGGGACGGGUUCGAUUGAAGACGAAUCGGACGAAAGCACACCACAGGUCAAAGGUCAAAAAGGGCUUCGCAUCGUGAAACGAUUUUCUAAUGGUAUUUACAUUACUAAGCUUAUUCCGUUGAGUAGAAAAUCUAACAGCUUUUCAUUGAAUCUACUUGAAACCUUGGUUUUAAAUGCGUUUUGCAAGCAGUAUGAAAUUCUGGCAUUUGUAGCGUGCUGGUGGUAAAUCCUGACUUCAGUUGUCAGAGACAAGAAAUCUAAUUUCAUUUGUGAGGAGAGCGGAGCAAAAGGAAACUCUAAUGGCCGUACAGUGCAAAACGCAAAACCAUGACUCCUCUUCCCCCCUUCCCCCCUUCCCCCUUCCCCUUCCCCCCUUCCCCUUCCCCUUCCCCUUCUCCCUUCCCUCUCCCCCCUCCCCCCCUUCCCCCUUCCCCUCCUUCCCCACCCCUUCUUCAUGUUAAUGGAAUGCGCGACCUUUUACCUGCGGAGAACUUUUGCAUGGAGGUCAGGGGUCACUUGAGUCAAUUUGGUCGAGUCUUAAUUUGGUAACAAACAUUUGUAUUUUAAUUUUCUUCCCUGUUGACGAUCGAACAAAAGUGAACGAGAAAAGCAACUUUCUACUGAAUAGAGGUUGAUCUAGUUUCAUUAGUUGUGUAAUCUAAUUUAUCAUUAAUGUUUUAGUGGAGGAACUCGACGUUGGAGAUAACUGGAUCCAGGUCCAAGGGGAUGUAGAUAAGAUUCUUGAGCACGCAAUAAAAACUGUUCCUGUGCGAACGGUUCGCCUGAAUUUAGAAGUCGCCAGAAAGUACUUUUCAUUGAUGACAAAAUUGAUGACUAAGAGAAAUGAAACCAUUCGUCAGGUGAAGUUUGGAAUUUUAAUUUAUGUGUUACUUCUGGGUUAUUUACAAAAGACCCUGUUACACUUUCAUUUUUUCUUGCAAAUGACAUUUUGUAUACGCAGCAAUUUGUUGGUUGUCACCGUCUUUUGUGAGGAUUUCAUUGCCUGGACUAAAUGUGUUAUUUCUCGGUUAUUUAUAAAGGACCCUGUUACACUUGCAAUUUUUCUUGCAAACGACAUACAGGAAUAGAGAUAAAUAGAUAAACAGUUUAUUUAUAAUGACUUUGCAACUAGAAAGUUGAAAUACACGAAUAUUACAAAAUAUAAUAUCUAUAAUAACACUAUAAAAAGCUAUUAGUAGUUUAAAGUAAGUUUGUAUAAAAAAAAUGUUUGUACAUCUGUUACGUUUGUAAAUAAGAUUUGUCGAUUAAAUAUAAGAUUUCAAUAAAACAGUUUAGACUGUAAGGGUAUUAAAGGCGAUAAAACUGUUCAGAAUGACUUUAACAAGCUAACUUAAUCCUCUAUUGUUCACUAAUUUUUCAAUUUGGGUUCAUAGUUGGACGAGAAAACUGUCGAUCUUGAGUGCAAUGUGGUAAAAACCAAGAAACAAAACGAAGAAUUAAGGAAGAACAAUAAAAAAGCCAAAGUGAAAGCUGAAAAACUUCAAUACCAGAAUCAAGACCUGCAAAACAACGUGGUAAGUACGUCACACAAGUAGCAGGAUGUUCCAGAAGCAGCGCAGAUGACCCUCGGCCAAUCUUUGUUUUAACUACCACCACAAAAAGAAAGAUACACGGAGCUGCGGGGAUCGGGAGGAUUGGGGCUACGUGCUGUGGGAUGGAGAACGUGGGAAUCUACGAUUCCACUUAUUUAAUAUCCCUUCUUUGGGAACUAAAUCGACUAUAACAAUGACUUUCGUGUUAUUCUAACAGAAAGAACUGCAAAACAUGAUCAAUAACCUCAACGAAAAGUUGGAUGCCUACAAGAAAAAAGAGUCACACGGUUUAUUUAAAAGCAGCAGUGAGUCCAUGGCAAGUUCGAAGGAAAGCAUAGAGAGGGUUUCGGUCGUCAGUCUUGUGGAUGAACCAUCACAGCAGCUCGCUCCAACAGGAGAAAAAGUUUCCAUACAGACCCCUAAACCAUCUAAAUCGAAAGUUGUUAUCGAGAGCGAUUCCAGAGCUCCAGUUGCUGCGCCAACCAGCGAAGAAAGUAAGAAAGAAAUAUCUCAGCUGAGAGAGAGAUUGGAAAGAAUACAGGACGAGUUAAAAGUCGAAAAAGAAAAAUCUACAGCUUUCGAAAACGAAUUCGUAACACUACAAUCAGAAAAAGUGAAAGUCGAGCAAGAACGAAGUGAACUGGAGAUAAAGCUGGAAAACAGUCAACGGGAACAUGAACGGGCAGUGGAAGAGUCGGUUGAAAAAAUGGAAGACUUGGAAAGGGAGAACAAAAGGUAAUCAUGACAAGCUUUCCUCCUUCCCACAGGAAUCUAAUGUAUUUCAGAUUACUCGGCGUGAACUUAAUUCCCAGCAGUAUGGAGAGUUAGGGUGUUGAUCGGCCAGGGAGAGAAGAACUAGACCGGAGAAGUUUGAAACUAAUACUAAAACUGUUAAACUUAUGGGCAUACCACCAAGAAGAUUGUUCAUCUAUGGUUAACUCUUUAACUCCCAUGAGUGGUUAAGAUCGAAUUUCUCCUUAAAUAUCAAUACACUAUCAAAGAGACAAGUGAUGAGAAUAAAGAAUUGUAUCGAUUAGGGGAUUAUUUGUAGAUCCAAUACCAAAUUCCUCAGACUAACUAUGAGAUAUUGGGAGUGAAAGAAAUAUUAAAUGAAUUGAAUGACAAUCCACACUCACUCUCCACUUAGUAGCAUUGAAAUGUAAAUGAAUUUGGCCAGAGGCGAGUGUCAAGUCCCUCUUUCUUUUAAGUUUUCCAGGUUGUCGACUGAAAUGGGGGUGUUUCGACAUUUUUCUUGCUUUGUUUUUGUUACUGUUACUGGUACAUAAUACAAGUAUAUUCAAGUAUAUGAAUAUAUAAAGAGAUUCCUUUUAAAAUAAACAGGAUGACAGGCGAGAUAGAAUGCAACGAAGAGAUGAUCAAAUAUCAGGAGGAAAGACUCGGUCAGUUUAUGGAAGAAAUCCAAAGCCUCGAGGAACGAAUGAUGUCCUUUCCCCCUACUCCUGCCACAAUGAGUGUCGCGAGCAUGGCGGGGACAACGCGGCGUGAACGCAGGAAAACCUCAUUGCAACUGGGUCUAGAGCCACAGACAGCGCGGCAAAUGGUUGCUAAAGUAAAACAACAGUAUGAGGCUGAACUACAGAGUCUGAAAGAUCACCAGGCUAAAGAAAAUCAACGACAUCAAGCUGAAUUACGACGUUUGGAGCAAGAACACAAGAAAGACCUGCAAAAUAUCCACAAGGAAUCCUUGCAGUUACUACGGGCUCUCAACAGAUUCAAAGACGGUGUUGCAUCGCUACUGGAUAGGGAGAGUAAGUUUAACACGGUAUUUAUAAGUCUCUACAGUUACAGAAAUGGUAUUUCUUCUUUGUGUUGCAGUAAAAGGUUUUUCUUAAAACAAACUGAAGAAUUUAAACCCCCACCUACAUAUACCUAUAGCUUUCGGUUUUAUCAACUGAUCAAAAACUUAAUAUCAUGCGGAUUGUGCAUGACAGGACUCUAAGAAAUUGAGUCCUAAGCAGGGGUGUGUAACUGCGCCAAGUUAGUGAAGGAGACUUAUGAAUGUCAAAUGAUUAGGAUGAACAAAAACAGAGACAAUCACUUAAGAAGUCGCCAAGUUGCUUUCGUUAGCUAGUAGCGUGUGCCAUUACCGUGCGUGCGAGUGGCAUGGAUUGGUGGAAGUCACAUUUUGAGGGUUUUUGUAUGAAAGUUGGUAUUCUUGUUAUUCGAGCGAUCAACUUUCAAAAGUUUUUUUGUGGUUGAAAACGAACAUGAACAAUCAAACAAAUGUAUAAAUAAAUAGAUAAAUAACUAAAUAAAUCAAUUAGAAUUGAUGCAAAUAAACGUGUAAAGAUGCUAAAAAUAAUCAGUCGAUGGUAGCCGAGGAAUUGUUUUCUCACGAACAUGUUAUAUUUCUGGUUAUGUAAGCUCUUUACUUCCACAACGACGAAAAACAUCAAAGCCUCUGAAGAUUUCACUUGAUCGGUAAGAAUAAGCUUUAUCGAAUGGAGACGUCGGUAAUGUUUUCUUACCGGUCAGUUACAACAGAUAGGGUCCGAGCUAUUUCACUGAGUAGUAAAAGCAAUUCUCUCUUUCUUUAAUGGAUCACGGAGCUCAGAAAAGGCACUUGAAAGACACCAUCCGCUCAGCUACCUAACGGCUAGACCGUGUGUGAAAAGCAACUUGACGUCUGUAAAUAGUUCCUAUUUCUUUGACAAGCGAAUGUCCUUCUUCAUCCUAUUUUCACGUGGUGGUUUUUUCUUUUUCUUUUCUGAGAUAUGGGUGAAGAGGCGCAUAAUAUUCGUUGUCAUGCGCCACUUCCGCUGGACGAGAAUUUUGGGGACACACGACAGAUGUUAGCACGCAUGGCUAUCUUGGCCAAUGAGAUGAUGAUUUCAGUGGAAUUACAACUUUCCAGGGGACUCAUGAGUAAGCGAUUGGAAUCAAAGGUAACAACUGAGCAAUUGAAAAUUUUCUACAAUAAUAACCACUAGGAAAAUGUGCAAUGCCACUUGUCUGUGAAAAGUACUUUGUUAGCUACGGUUUCCCAUUCGGUAAGAAAGGACAUCUGUACAAAUCUCCUACUAAUUCGACCGUGCAUGCGCGAAUAUUAUGAUAACAUAGCUUCACUUCCUGUUCACAUACAACAGUGUAGUCCUCAGUCGUACCUCAGAGUGAUUUGACGGGAGCGUUUACCAGCAUAAAAGGGGAGUCAGGAUUAACGUCCUUGUCCCGCGAUUUUCAGUGCGACAUAUUUCUCCCCGCCUAUUGUCGCCUUCUAGAAGCGAAUAAAUAGGAUUUGUUACGAAUCUACCCAGUUCUCAUUCGUAUGAUGAGGUCUGAAGAAAAAACCAUACGGUCGCUGGUAUAAGUAUCUUUCCUAGGCAUUUCGUGAAACAAAUGUCUCUUCUAGCUGUGGACAGCAGUGCAGUGAUACUAUACUCGAUACUCAGAGUAUAAUGUCUGUAAGCGAAGCUUCACAAAAACCGUUAACCUCAAAAGUUAAAAUUUAAAUGCCCAGGGGUGCGAUCCGCACACUCUCAUAGCUAAGUAGCGGACAGUUUAAAAAACUACCUUAUUAUUUCUUGUUGUUUUUGUUGUCUUGUUUUACUCAAAGGAUCCACAUAUGGGUCGAAUGGAUCAGUCAACUGAGAGGAAAAUGCCGAGGGAUCAUGGCUCGAUUGCGCGAAGAGGAACACUAGGACAGCUACGUAUUGAUGGCAAACAAGUAGAACUUCAUGUAUGGAAACUCUUAGAGGUAAGUUUUAGUAAAUGAAAACUAAACUUACCGAGUUUUUCUUUAGUACUCCAGAACAGCUUUUCGUAAAAAGUUUUCUUUGAAUCUUAAACCUACCGGCCUAUAUUACUAAGUUGUAAGUUGGUUUAUCCGUAAAACGCCUCCCUACUACUCCCCGGGCCUAACGUCAUAACGUCAUUGUAGUUUUGCGCUUGAAAUCUCUGGCCUUGUUUCUAAAAGCUUUUUUCAGUGCCUUUUGUUGGUCUCUGGUAGCUUUCGAGGGGCAACGUACCCAACUUAAAAUUGAAUAUUUUCUUUUUGUUACUGAAAAUGUUAGGAGGGGAACCGACAAGAAGUUAUGGAAGUCGUCAAAGAAUUACAAACCAAGGUUUCAGAGGUAGAGCAAACAGUUGAAAAAGUUAAAAAAGUGGACGAGGAGAAGAUACAGAAGAAAGAAUCCCAGCUGCAGAGAGUUUUGAGAAGGGAAUCAGAAACAAGAAAAAGCGUAGACGAGCAAAAGAGUAUUAUAAAGAACUUAGCUGCCAUUUGGAAAAGCCGCAGAAUAGGACAGAAGUAUAUUCGCCGUGAGGAUCAGCAAAGAAACCUGGAACUGCUUCAGCAAGCGAUGAAAGAAGAUCAAGUUUCAAAAGAGUUAUACGAGGUAAUGUCAUCAAUGUACAACUGACAACUUUGUAUCUAAUGAACGAGCUCCUUUAAAGAUUGAUUCAGGUUGAGAGAGCGUUUAGCUUUUAGCUCACACCCACUUUGGACAGAAGGCUUUUGGGAAAUUUUUAGAAGAGUAAAAUACGCAAGAGCCCCCGUUUGGCUUAAAAAUAUACAGGAAUGUUUGUCCUUGGACAUUUUCUCUUCCUGGAAGCUCACAGUUCUUCUCGAGCUCUGGUCCUGGAAAGCGUUCUCUUCUCGCAACACGUUAUAUUUUCUUGCCAGAGGAAGAUUAUUGUCUAUUCGUUUCCGAGAGACUAUCAAUUUUGAUCCUGAAAUAAAAUUGGGUCAAAUUCACUUGAAAUAAGACUGGGUCAUUUGGGAUCAAUAGCCUUGACUUGUUGCUCCAUUAAGAUUGCAUCUGUCAUUUAAUUUGCCGUACUUCUUUCUCUUUUUGUCCCACAUAUGUUAAGUCUACAACAAAACUGAUCAAGCAAGCUAUGGAUUAUCCUCGCAAACGCUUCAUUGAACUUGUUGAGAGGUACGUGUAUCACCGACGCGUCAAAGAAAUACAAGAAAACGUGCAAAAAAUGAGGGAGGAAUCCAACAUCAAUGAAAGAGUACUAUUGGCUAUGAAGGAUGCGGAAGAGAGAAUGAUCAGAGUAAGCUACCCUCUUCCCAGUAUCCAUAUUCACAACGUUAAUAACAACAUUUUUUUUUCAAUAUUAUCAUUAUUAUCAUUAUUAACCUCGGAGGCCGCUUAUGGAAAAAGUUAUUGUAACCCCUGGCUUUGAAAUUACGCCCAAUAUACCGAUAUCUUCCUUGAGAGAGGAAGAGUCGUUUCGGGUGAGGAGCUUGGUUUCAUUUCAGCAACGGCUGACUUUCGAUCCUACCACUGUUUGUCCACUCUCGCCAAACAGAAACAAAUAAUACACAGUCAACUGACGUAGCGAUCUUUACUAAUGAUUGUCAGUCGCGUAGAAGGUAGCCUCCCUUCAAGGGACUCUUGCAGAUGUUCUUGUAGGCCCAUACUCGUCACAGCCUCAUAAAUGGCUUCGUGUCGAUGCUUUAUCUCAUACAGCAAAAGGAAACAUGGCGGCAGAAAAAGGAAGAGUUCAUCAAAGCUCGCGCAGACGUUUUAGAAAAGCUGCAUAAAGUGUAAGUGUUCUCCUUUGUCAAAACGCUGCCUUAGAUACAGUAUCAAAUACAUGACAAUUACCAACGCUUCGUUGACCUAGUUUGUUCUUAUAACUUCCUAUUUGUCUGGAUUUCUCAUCUUGAAUCUGGUCCUGUAUUUAAGGAACUUUUCCUGAAUCAUUUUAUUUUUUUCCGUUAGAGUGUGAAAUGUCCUUAAUUUAAGUCUGAAAUCGCGGAAAAUUCAGUCUACAAACAAUUUGAAAUUAAUAAUCAUAUAGGGAUGAACACUUUGAUCAACAGACUUUCAAAUAAGCAUUUCAAAUGCUGCUUACCUGUGUGAUGAGUUUUUCUAUAUUGGAAAUGGUUUACACAUUCACGGGUGAUCGGGCAUACUUAAUUUAAACAUCAGUAUAUAUUUAACAAUUACUCUUAUUAACUUUUGUUGGAAAAGAAAACCUUAUGAUCCCUUUGAGAAAAGCCGUUUACGAAAAUCUAGACAAUUACUUUCACUAAUAAGUAGGUUGAGUAGUACAUACAAUCUCUCCAAGGAAGGGGUGGGUGGGGGGGUAUGCUGAGGACGUUCUCUCAGAAUUCUUUUCAUUUCUAUAGUCUUACUCAAGUUCAUGAGGAAACUGGAAUACUUCUUAUUAAGCCGAAGGACUUGAUUCCACGGCUGGAAGAUAUUAGAGAGGACGUGAAAGAAAUCAAGGAAGACGACAUUUCGGCUGCUGCAAAUAUUCCUAAGCUGCGCGCAAAACUUCGUAAAGCAGAGCUACAAGCUCAAGUGGCAGCAGAGAAGGAACCACCCCUGUCUGAUGUGGAGGGUACGUGUGCAACGCGUGAGAGGGGCCAGGAAGCUUCAUGGAAGGUUGGAGAGAAAACUUUGUAAUUGGAUAUGUCACAUUGUUAAUUACAUCUGUAGGCGUAAACCAAGGAGUUGAGUCAGGGGUCAGGAAGCGAGGGUGCUGCAGCCCUCAGGAAUGAAAGCUUGAAAAGUUUCCGAGUUAUUGCUAAUGUAUGUGCGUAAACACUCCUUGCGAGAAACACCCAGAGUUAAUAAUGUUUGCUUGAUGGCCUAAACUUGCCAAUUAAGUAUCUAUUAAGUCAAUUAUUCUAUCAGUGGUUAAAGAAGUAGUUUCUCAUAAAUUUAGCAUCGUGUGAAGUGUGUCAUUUUUAUCUGCUCUUCUGAGGAAACUGACGUAGGCACGCCUCCAACGACAGCAAAACACAAACAAAGCUCUCUUACUGUGUAAAAUUCGAGGCCAUUAAGCUACUUUAUCUCUUAUUUAUCUUGCCAAAACUGAAGAGUGAACUUCAGACUAACGAGAGAACUAGAUUUGUUUUACAAGAGCUACAAAUCGAUUGAAAAUUUAUCAUGGAACUUUUCAUCAGAACCGAUCAGAACGCUCUGAUUUACUCCAGGACUACCUUGCAAUAUAAUAAAUUGCAUAUAAUUGUACAUACCACACAAGUGAAUAGCGCUUUUAGCGCGCGCUGCUUGGCUAAUUCGCAAGUUGAUAUCAAGUACUGGACACCUCCGAGCAGCCGAUGAGACAAAAUCGCGCGUCAAGAGUUUAAUUUCCGAACAUUUUUCGGUAUUUUCGUAGAAAAGGUUGUGGUUACUCUCCUGUUGUUCUGGAGUUUCUUCUAAAAAUAAAAAUUAAAAAAAAAUUUUAAAAAAGUAAAAUAAAAAAGAGGAAAAUUUUUCUAAUAGAAAUUCCGGAAGCGUGGAUGCCCACGAUCAAAAAACACAGCAACAGGAGAGCCGUGCGACAGCGGACCGCCGAGGGAGCAAAUCUCUGAGUGAACAGCAAGGAUCGAAAUGCAUCAAUCAGAGCUGUUGAAUGACAACUAAUCAGAGCAGAGAAUCAUGCUUUAUAAGAUCACGCAUGACCAGUCGACCUCAUCGCCUGAAGAAGACUAGCAGUAUGCAGUCGAAACGUCGCGAUCUACGUCACACGUGACUACAUCUGGAGACAAACGAAAAACUUAGCUUUUAUUUUUCGGCAUAUUGAAAGAGAUAAACUAUUUUGUAUCUGUGUUGUAAACACUGAGACAAUUAUUCACCUCAGCGCCGUUGAAAGUGGUAGAUAUUCACCUCGUAGCUUCGCUUAAUAUCCACCACUACUCACCGGCAAAAUCAUUUGAGCUGAAGCUUAACAGGUGCUAGGCCUUCCCUUAAGCAGCGAGACGUUUACACCAUGAAUUGUUUUCAUUUAUGAGUUAUGAAUGUGCUCUAAUUCCAGGUCAUGUCAUCGCUUGCUCCUGCUAUGGUCACAACACCAAGAAUUUUGGACAUGGAUAUCAAUCGCAGCCGUGAUGUAGCUAAGGAGUAAGUUCAUCAGUGCUCGUGCAAAUAGAGCUUAGAACGGUCGCUCGUAAUACUUUGUUAAGAGUGGCGUUGUUUAACUUGUAAAAAGUGAAGGGAUAACCAAAUCUCACGGUUGUUACGAUAUCUAAACAAGAAUGACUUCAUAGUUUUAUGCCAAGGGUAGACACUGUUUGAUGAUAAAAUUUAAAGAAUAAUCACUCGAUUGGUACCUGUUGUAGUCCAAACUUUUUCUUGCUUUGAAAUUUCUUCCAAGUUGACAGAUAGACUGCUACUGACUGAGGAAACAUGUUAAACCAUCUAUAAUUCCUUUGAAAAGAAUUGAAGGAUGAACAUGUGGACAGAUGUUCAGUUCUCCAUGCUCUAGAUUCUAUACGAAUUUUAACCCAUACAAUUUAUUUUCACCUAUCACGUUUUCAUUACAAACAUCUUUCACCUGUAAUUAAGUAUAAUUGUUGAAAAAGAAACGAUCAUGCUUCACUACGAGUGUAUUGACAUAAUGAAUGACGGCAAUCUUCUCUAAGUGAAGAAAUGAUCCUUGCAGGUAACCAUUUUUUUCCCCUCUCCCAACGUGUAGCUUCGUGGCUCGGAUGGUAGUAACGCCCAACUAAUGUCUUAUCUGGGAGGCACGGGUUCCAACCUGGAUUUUUUCAGGCUUCUUUGUAGCUAUUUCUUUAAUCAAUUUGCAACUCAUGUUAGAUUAUCUUUUUUCCUAUGUAUUUCAUCUAUAGGUUAAAAAAACUUAUCCAUCAAAAUUGCGCCCUUUUUUAACAGCAUCUUCUACCGUUAUUUUUUUUUAGAAUUUUGACCAAUGUAAGUGAAGCUUCAACGACGUCCAAAUCCGUCAGCAUUCCUCCAAUGAGGUUUUUCCCUAUGCUUUAUGGUUACUACAAACAGCCUCACACCGGAAUCCGUAGAACGAGAAGCGAACCUGCUCAAUCGCGAAAAAAAUCUGUAAAGAGCUUCCGAUCCAGAGAAACAUUUCUUCCUCCGAUAGCUACACUUUAUCCUGAGAACGACCAGACACAGGAUUCUUAA